AUGACAUCAAACAAUAACUUUGGUUAUAUCAAUAAUCAAUUCACAUCAUUCAGUCAUCGAAGCUACAAUGAUUCUCGAAGCCCGAUCGUCGAACUUGAAAAUGCACAAACAGUAGAUUCAAUGCCACAUGAAACGAAAUGGCAAUACAGCGGAAAUAGAGAUGAUUUCUACAGCGCUUCCUCAGACACUGGCUAUGAAAGAGGUUAUUCCGACGAGGAGAAGGCACUGGUUCGUAAGAUCGAUUGGAUGGUUAUGCCAAUUAUCUGUAUCCUGGAUUUCUUACAGUUUCUAGAUAAAUCAACCAUCAGCUAUGCUGCUUUAAUGACAUUUAAGACUGAUCUUCAUUUGGUCGGAAAUCAGUUUAGUUUACUGGGUUCUAUUUUUUACCUAGGAUAUCUUGUAUUUCAGAUACCAAACAAUUAUUUAUUGCAACGUAUUCCUGUUGGAAGAUAUAUUGGUGUUAUCGUUGUUCUAUGGGGAGCCGUGUUGAUCUGUACUGCCUUUGGAAAGAAUUUUUCCCAAGUUGCGGCCAUGAGAUUUCUCCUAGGUUUCUUUGAGGCUGGCAUCUACCCCUCGUUGACCUUGCUUGUCAGUACUUUUUACAGAAGAUCAGAGCAGGUUGCUCGCCUUGGCGCUUUCUGGAUCUGUAACGGCGUGGCUCUUGUGGUUGGUGGUUUUGUAGCCUAUGGUAUUGGCCAUAUUGGCAAUCCAGGGGGACUGAAAGAGUGGCAAUGGAUCAUGAUUAUUCUCGGUGGUGUCACUGUCAUUAUGGGUGUCUUCUCGUUUUUCAUCUUGAUUGACUCUCCUAAAUCGCCCUCACUCAGGUUGAAUGCCGAGCAGGAAAUUUUGGUGGAAGAAAGAACCAGGGAUAAUGCUACUGUGCGUACAACUGAAGUCAAAACAGAGCAAAUCUGGGAAGCUGUCAAAGAAGUCAGGUUUUGGUGUUUUGGUAUAGCUUGUCUUUUGAUUAACCUUCAGAACGGGGCAAUGACCAUUUACAAUGGCCAGAUCACUGCUAGUUUUGGUUUUGAUCAAUUACAAUCCAUGCUACUCACUGCAGGUGCAGGUGGUUCCACCAUUUUAUUCAUUGCAAUUGGUGUCAUACUUGUACAAAAGACCCAGCAAACCAUCUAUUCCGCCUGCGGUUUGAUGGUCACCAAUAUUGUUGGUAUGAUUUUGCUUUUAGUGAUCCCUGUGACCCGAGCCAAAUUACUUGGAUUCUACAUGGCCUGGUCUUACUGCAGCGUUUAUGUUCUUCUCGUAACCUCUAUUUCAAAUAAUGUUACCGGUUACACCAAGAAAAUCUUCUAUAACGGCGUUCUCAUGAUCUUUUACACAGUCGGAAACUUUGUGGGACCAUUGAUGAUGGUUACGCCCCCUUACAUAGAGGGAAUGCUCGGUUAUUUGGCUGCCAACUGUGUUGUCGUUGUGCUACUGCUGAUUGCUCGUUGGAGAAUGGCUCUGGUGAACCGUCGCCGCUUGCUUUUACUGGCGCACACAUCUGCUGCAAGCAUAGCUGCUGCAAAUACAUUUACACAAGACGAUAUAAGCGAUGAGCAGGACCAAAACUUUAUUUACCUUUUGUAA